UCUUUAUAUAAAUACAAUUGUCCCAAAACACCUUAGACCACAACUUAAUUUUACGUCACUUUAUUUAGCCUUAGGUUGACACUAAAUUAUAACUCAACUCUAUACCUUAAUACAUAGUUGCAAAUAUGGCUAUAGGCCAAUUAUUAACUAGAUCUCGAGGGAAAUCUUCAAUAGACUUAGACAAUCAGUCUGAUACAAAAGUCGCAGAUAUACCUCAACCCCAUAAGAAUGAUAAGUACCAUAUUAAGAAGAGUCCUUCUAUGAACUUCUUUCAAGCUUCAAGAAGUAUAAUAACGAAACUUACCACCAAGAACCAACCUAAAUUAUUAUCUCCAGUCAUAUUAUCAUCAGCCACACUUCCAACUACUACAUCUCCAUUACCUCAACAUGAAUAUAAACUCCCACCAAUACCUCCAUCUUCUACAUUUGAUUACUCAGUACAUAAUAUAGUUAUGCCUAAUUACAAUUAUAAAACCGACGAUACCACUGAGAUUAAUAAUAAUCAUAAUGAUCAUAAUAAUCAUAAUAACAACCACAAUAAUAAUGAUGAUGAUAAUGAUGAUAAGUCAAUAGAAAAUUCCAUACAAUCUACAAAUACCCUUAAAGAUAUGAUUAGGGAAUCUUCAAUAUAUAAAUUUGAAGAUAAUGAAAGUAUGAUUACUAGACCUUUAAGACAAACUCCUUCAACUCCUGAACAGAAUAUUUUACCAGAUAUAACUGAAACCCCCAUAUUUAAAGCUACUACUUAUAGUAAUAAAUCCAUAUUUGGUAAUCUCGAUGCCAUAUCUUUUGAUGAUAAUAUUUUAAGUAGAAGUACAUCUCGUCAAGAUUCAUUAUUUCUUAAAACUGAAGUUAUUACUGAUAUGAGUUCUAUUAAGGAUGUUAGUAUUCAAGUAUAUAAAUCUUAUGCUACAACCAAUCCUGCUUCUUUAAAGAUUAUUAAACAACAAGAAGAUUUGGCUCUAUCAAUAUUAAGUGAUGAAGAAGAUAAUGAGAAUAGUUCUAAUCGUGCUACUUUCCGAAUUCUGCAUGCAUCUGAACCUGGUAAGGUAGAGAAUCAAAUUUAUACUAGUGAUUUUGAUAUAAUAUCAAACUAUGGCCAAUACGAGCCUAUCAAUGAUAGUCAACAAGAACAAGAAGUGAAUGAUAUAGAGUCAGAUACAUCGCCUGAUGGAGAAUUCUACUUCAAUGAUUCUCAAAAGUCUACUACUAUCUACAAUAAUGAAAUGAAAUUGUUAUCAGAAAGACAGAAGUUAAUAAUUGAUAGACAACAAUCUGAAAUUGAUUAUUUAAAGCAAUUACUAUUUGAAGAAAGGAAAUUAAAUAAUUAUCUUGCUACAUCUAACAAUUCCUCACCACUGCUUAAGAAAGAUAAUGACUCUAUAAAGUCUCGGAAAGUAAGGUCUAAAUUUUUACCCAUAAAUAUUACAUCAGGAGAAUUAUCAACUCCAUCUACUAAACCAUUUAAUCUUCAACCUCCAGAUCGAUCAGAUUAUGAUUUAGAUGAUGUACUUGAUAAAUAUCAUUCAUCAGAAUCAAUCCCUGAUCAUUCAUUUAGGAAACCAUCAUUUGCUUCUUCAGUAUUUUCUGAAGUACGGUCAAAUUCUCCAGCUAAAGAUACAGCUAAUUCAUUAUCUUCAUCAUAUACUAUACCUUAUUUAUCAGAUAAAGAUAGUAUAAGUCCUACUGCAGUUCCUAUGGUAUAAUUAUAAUUAUAAUUUUUAAUGUUUUUUUUCAAUUCUAUCCCGUUAAUUUUUAAUUCUUUUACUUCUACUUAUCAAAUU